AACAUGCUGGCGAGGAGUGGCCGCAGUUUGGGGUUGGUGCGGGGAGAGGUAGCUGGCCGAGAGAUUAGUGGCUGCGGGGCUUUGCGGAGGGACCCGACGUCUAGGCCUGUGAAUUGUGAGACUGCAGGUGUGGAUGAGGGUGUGUGUAUGAACAUUUGUUGACAUUUGUGAAAGAGCGACACCAGAGUGUCUGCGCGUGUGUUUGAUGGGGCCCUUCUAGUAGAUUCUCAUAGCAACCUAUAGGACAGAGUGGAUCUGCCCCAUAGGGUUUUUUUUUUUUUUUUUGUCGGUAAUUUUUUUGAAGUCCUGGUGGAGCAGUGUUUAAGAGCUCGGCCGCUAACCAAAAGGUCAGCAGUUCCAAUCCACCAGGCGCUCCUAGGAAACCCUAUGGGGCAGUUCUAUUGUGUGCUACAGGGUCGCUAUGAGCUGGAGUCUACUCGAUGGCAAUGGGUUUGGGUUUUGUUUUGAAUCUUUUUGGGAGCAGAUUGCCAGGUUUUUUUCCUACACAGCCAAUAGUGGAUUCGAAUCACCGACCUUUCCGUUAGCACUUGAGAGUGUAGCCAUUGCGCCGUCAGGGCUCCUUGUUUGUGCGUCCAAACCAAACACCUGUUGCCGUUGAGUCGAUUCCGACUCAUAGCUACCCUACAGGACGGAGUAGAACUGCCCCAUAGGGUUUCCAAGGAGUGCCUGGUGGAUUCAAACUGCCGACCUUUUGGUUAGCAACUGUAGCUCUUAACCACUACACCACCAUAGUUUCCUGUUUGUGCAUAGGAAGUAUUUUAAAACCAUUUUGAUUUGUACUGUUGAUUUUGUCUUGGAAUAAAUAAGUGACUAAGAUGUUGAAGAAGGCCCUGUUACAUAUUCUGGAAGGCACUGGGUAGUGCAAAUGGUUAAUCACUGCAUUAAAAAGCACAAAAAGUUGGCACUUCAAGCCCACCCAGCAUAGUCUGGAAGACAGGCCUGGAGAUCUGCUACUGAAGGGUCACAGCGUUGAAAACUCUAUGGAACACAGUUCUAUUCUGCAACAUGUGGGAUCACCAUGAGUUGGAAUCAACUCAGCUGGCAGCUGACAACAACAACAGAUUUGGGAACAAACAUUACACUUUAAAUAGUGUUGCAUUUUGAUAGUGAAAUUUUUUUCUGUUGGAGUUUGUACAGGAAUAUGGUUGAGAGAAGGUAGCAGUGGGUUCAGGAGCCUGGUCUCUUAAGUUUGCUUCCUUCUCAGCUCUGCAUUCUAAGGAUUCUGUUCUUCCUCACGAUUGGUGCCCAACAAUGUGGGGAUCGGCCAUGGCAUGGGAAUUGGUGACGUUUCGAGAUGUGUCUGUUGACUUCUCCCAAGAUGAGUGGAGAUUCCUGAACCCUGCUCAGAGAGACUUGUACAAGGCUGUGAUGUUGGAGAACUAUUGGAACCUUGUCUCACUUGGACUUUGCAUUUCUAAGCCUGAUAUGAUUUCACUAUUGGAGUGUGGGAAAAUCCUCUGGGUGACAGAAAAAGAAGAGACAAAAAGCCCAUGGCCAGGCAUAUGGAGCAAGAGAAUGAAAGAAACCAAAGUCUCAAAGAAGAAACUAGUCCACGGGAUUAACAGCCCACAUGAACCACAGUCUCUUCUAACGGGGGCACCACAGCUUCCAGACAAACACGCAGGCAGUACUCAGCCAGCAGACAUCUAUUCUGGGUUCCCAGCUCCUUUGUGGCCUGAGACGCUGCAGCUCAAAAUUACUUGCAAAAAACACACUCUUCAAGUUGCCUUUAUUCUUUGCCUUGUUUUCUUGCUGUUUUCAGAUAGUGAGUCAAGUGUGGAGAUUAAGGAGUUAUCUACAAAAAAGGAUAUUAAUGAAGUAUUAUCUCAUUGUGACAUGGUGAUAAAAGGUACAAGAAGCUUAUGUAGGAAAUAUGGGAAUGUUUACUGCCACCAUACUCAAUUUCACCUUGGAAGUCAAAGAGGUCAAAAAUGCAACUGGUGUCUAGAUUGUGGGAAAUAUUUUAAACGUCAUUCAGCUCUCAUUCAACAUCAGAGAAUCCAUACAGGAGAGAGACCCUAUAAGUGUAAGGAAUGUAGUAAAUCCUUCAAUCAGAGGACACACCUUAACCAGCAUGAGAGAAUUCAUACAGGUGAGAAACCUUAUGAAUGUAAAGAAUGUAGGAAAACCUUCAGUCAGAUGACACAUCUUACUCAGCAUCAGAGUACUCAUACUAGAGAAAAGUUCCAUGAAUGCAGUGAAUGUGGAAAAGCCUUCAGCCGUUCCUCAUCCCUCAUUGAUCACCAGCGAACUCAUACUGGCGAGAAACCUUAUGAGUGUAAGGAAUGUGGCCGCGCCUUCACUCAAAAUGCACAGCUUAUUAGACAUCAGAAAAUUCAUUCUGGAGAAAAACCCUAUGAAUGUAUUAAGUGUAAGAAAUCCUUUGUACGCCUCUCUUCCCUGAUUGAACAUCAGAGGAUUCACACUGGAGAAAAACCAUAUCAUUGUAAGGACUGUGGGAAGAUCUUUACCCAGCACACACAGCUUACUCUACACAAGAGAAUUCAUACUGGUGAAAAACCUUAUGAGUGUAAGGAAUGUGGAAAAGCCUUUACCUGUAGAUAUGGUUUAAUUGUUCAUAGGAGGAGUCACACGGGAGAAAGACCCUACGAAUGUCACAUAUGUGGGAAAGCCUUCAGUACCUGUUCUUCCCUUGUUACUCAUAAGAGAACACAUAGUGGAGAGAAACCCUUUGAAUGCCACGCAUGUGGGAAGGCCUUUAACACGUCUUCAUCACUUUGUCAACAUAAGAGGAUUCAUACUGGUGAAAAACCCUUUGAUUGCAAAGAAUGUGGGACGUCCUUUCGAUGCAGGUCACACCUUACUCGACAUCAGCGAAUUCAUACUGGAGAAUAUUAAAACCUAGCUGGACUUUGAAAUCUUAAUACUCUAAAUAGUUCACUAUCAGUAGAGAUCUUGGUAACAAGUAGCAUAAAUUGACUCUGACCCUUAGGUAGAAAAAAUAACCUUACUUGAUGAUGAUGAUGUUGUUAGGUGCCAUAAAGUUGGUUCUGACUCAGCGGCCCUGUGUACAACAGAAUGAAACACUACCUGGUCCUGCACCAUCUGAAUAGCAGCAGAACCUUGAUAUUACAGAGAAUUUAAUGGGAAAUGCUAACAACAACAAAAAAAAAAAACUCAAAAUAUUCCACUUGUUCCACAUCUUGGCCAAUACUUUGUACUGUCAUUCUUUUUAAUUUUAUCUAUUUUAGUUUGUAAGUAGUUUACCUCAUUGCAAUUUUCAUGUGCAUUUUCCUGAUAUUGAUGUUGGGAAUCCUUUCUUGAACGUAUUGGCUAGAUCAACUUUUGUGAAGUGUUUGUUGAAGUCUUUUGCUGAAUAAUCAGCAAAAAAUUUUUAAAAAUUGGGUUUUCUCUCUUAAAACUAAUUUCUCUCUUAGUAUUGAUUUAUAAGUUUUGUUUGCCACAUGUGAUUUCCAGACAUUUCCUACCAUUUUGUAACCUGCCUUUUCCUUCACAUAAUGAUUUCCAAAGAGAAAAGUUUAAUUUGAUCACAUCUAAUUUAUCACAUUUUUCUUUUAUUGUACUUUUUUGUAUUCUAAGAAAUAUUUUUCCAUCUUUGGUUACAUAGAAAUUCUUGCAUGUUUUAUUUAGAUAUUUUGUAGUUUUAACUUUUACAGUCAGAUUAUUUCAAGUUAUUUAUUGUGGAUGGUGAGAGGUUGUAAUGGUAUUAGCCAGCCUCCAUCUUAGAUGAUGUCCUGGCAUCCAGGUUGAAUCCCUUCCUCACCUGUUCACUGGUACACGACACCCCACUGGAGCUAGUUGUACCCCAGAUAACCAUGCUACUGAAAACACCCAAAUUUUCCACAUCUCAGCUCCCAGAGCUGCCCCACUUAGUUUCCAUAGCCACCUGCCUUUCCUACCUACUUUUUAGUUUCAGAAGGACCAGUGGUCACUUAUCUCACAAAAAUUCCUUUAUUCUGUCAUUAGACUCUACAAUAAAGACGCUGCAGGUCUGCACUCGCUCUCUAUCCACUGCCUUGUGUGUGGCCGAUGGGCCUGCUGUGUACCGACAGGACCAGCGAGUAAUAAAGUUAUUUCCAUUUUUGUGUCUUGUGCUUUAAGUGUGACUUACCAUCUGGGACAAUAUACACAAUCUGGGCUGUGGGAUUACUCUGUCUCCUCCCCCCUUGGAGUGACAGUUAACAUCAAACACAUUCUAAACGCACAGUUUCACUGCCAUUCUUUGAAAUGUCUUUAUUCCACUGAAUUGUAUUGGCACCUUUCUCAAAAAUUAGUUAACCUCCCAAUCCUAGGUAUAUACAGUAAGUCUGGGCUAAGAACAUCUGACUUUCAGACAACUCGUACUUAAGAAUAGAUUGCUAUAAAGCCUAUUAAAAACUUGAGUUAAAUACAGUGAUUCGUAACGAAUGCACGCACUAGUUUGUGAUGUUUGUGAAAACUGCGCUUCAGCGGUCUUAAACUGUAUUAAGAACUGUUUGAUUUUUUUUUAAAGUACUCUAUACACACAUACACAGAUUCUUCAGUACAAUAGUGUGUGUAGUUACUAUUAUUAUUGCUGUAUUAUUAUGUUUAAGAUAUUUUAGUGUAUUGGGAAGGGUUUCUCAACGUGCUUUAUGUGCAUAGAAGGGUAAAUAAAGGUAUAUACUAUACACUAAGAUAAACAUUUGACUAAGUGAUGCUAAAUAAGAACUGUAUGUACUUUUUUCUGCUUACCUAUAAAUUCAACUUAAAGACACACUUAGGAACAGAUCUCGUUUGUAACCCACGGACUGCCUGUACCCAAAAAAAGUGAAGGAAGGAAUGCAGACAGACCUGUGCCCUAAUGUUCAUUGCAGCACUACUCACAAUAGCCAACAGGUAGAAACUACCCAAAUGUCCACCAACAGAUGAAUUGAUAACACAUUCAUUACCAUGGGCAUAAACAGUGUGCCGGCUGCUUUAUGCCCCUGUACCUCUAAGGCAUUUAACGGCAAGGUGAGAUCCUUUUGAAAUAUAUGAAGCUCAGCAGCCCAGAGUUGGAGCCUCAUUGUGUAGAUGGGGUGUUCAAUUAGGUGAUGCUUCAUGGAUGUGCUUGUUUUGUAAACUUUUGCUUGUUUCUUCUUUUUUUGCAAGAUAAUGAUACUAUGUUUUUCUGCUACUCAGUUUUCAUGAGAAUUGCCUUGUUAGGAGAAUGUGUUUUCUUAGUUCUUAUUCAUACAUAGCAGCCAUCUUUUCCUGGCUUCCAUUCAUUGUGGUCAGGGGUUGCUGCUUCUGUACGGUCAGGUUUGGAGUUUUGCUCUGCAGUCUUCCAGGACUACUUGUCUUGCCUUUGAAUAGUAAGUCAUGGCUUUGGAAUUAGGGAAACUGCAUCGCUUCGGUAAUUUUGAAGAGACUGACUCCUAUAGGGCUUUCUUUACCUGGCAUUCACUCCUAGGCCCCAGUCAUUGCUUCCAUGUGUAGCUGGUAGCUUGCACAGCUGUGAGCUCUCCAGCAAUGUUCAACGGCUGCUUUUUAUCUUGAUUCUUAGAUUUUAGUCCUGCUUUUUGAAGUAUUGCAGAUGUAUAGUUGGAAUAAUGUUCCUGAGAGAAAAAAAAAAUUUCUCUGGUUUCAUGUAGUUGGGAAGGAGGCUUCACUUAGACAGUUAUCCCCCAUAGUGUAUUCUUGUGUUUGUUUGGAGUUAUGCUGUAGUAAUUACCCUAGUUUUGUGGGACCAACAACUGUUUUCUUCUGGUGCAUCCCUCUGUUGUAGAAAUGGCAAAGAUAUUUAGAAGCAUCGAGGAAGAAAUAGGAUAUAUUUUUCUCUGCCUGACUAUGAUACCUCUGAUGAUGCUGCUGAUAAUGAUUCAUCUUUUGACCUCAGCAAUGAUACUGAACUUGAGUCAAGUUCUGAAGGUGAGAACAACAAUGCCGUGAUAGACAGAGGUGAGGAAGUGAUGGAUGGAGCAGAGGACGGGGGUGGAUUAGGUGGUGAUGAUACAGGUGAAUGGUUUGAGGAUGUCUCCUACUUUGGAAAGUGUCAUGGCUGGUAUGCUUUCCCAAAUUUACCCUGACUUGGAAGAGUCAGAAAGAGAAAUAGCUUAUUUCCUGUCAGUAUUUACAGGAGAGAUAUUGGAGACUAUAAAGGGCCAAACUAAUCUCUGUAGGACCCAGGAGUGCAUCAAAUGUUUUAGAGGGAAGAAUAUUGCAAGUCUCUGCAUAAACUAGAAGCCUAAUUCCAUAGAGGAAAUAAAGGCAUUUAUUGCUGUGCAUAUACUCAUGGGUAUACACGUUGUCAUGGAUUGAAUUGUGUCCCCCCAAAAUAUGUGUAUCAAUUUGGCUAGGCCGUGAUUCCCUGUAUUGAGUGAUUGUCCACCUUUUUGUCCUCUGAUGUUAUUUUCCUAUGUGUUUAAAUCCUAUCUCUAUGAUGAUGAGGUGGGAUUAAUGGAAGUUAUGUUAAUGAGGCAAGACUCAAUCUACAAGGUUGGUUUGUGUCUUGAGUCAGUCUCUUUUGAGAUAUAAAAGAGACAAGCAAGCAGAGAGACAUGGGAACCUCAUACCACCAAGAAGACAGUGCCGGGAGCAAAGCAUGUCCUUUGGACCUGAGGUUCCUGCAUGGAGAAGCUCUUCGACUGGGGAAGAUUGAUAAUAAGGACCUUCCCCAAGAGCUGACAAAGAAAGCCUUCCCUUGGAGCUGGUGCCCUGAAUUUUGACUUCUGGCCUGCUAGACUGUGAGAGAAUAAACUUCUGUUUGUUGAAGCCAUCCGUUCGUGGUAUUUCUGUUAUAGCAGCACUAGAUGACUAAGACACGUCUUAUCAGCAUGCAAGUAUUUAUUGGCCCACUGACCCUGGCCUGGGUGUUGUUUUGAUUCAAGAAAUAAUGAGUAAAGGCAGAUUCAUAAAACUUACCGAAAACAUACACUGUAAUGACAAUUUAAAAGCUGUGGCAAAAGGAGAACCAGGCUAUGAGAGGCUUCGCAAAUUGCAUCAAUUUAUCGAUACGCUCAAUAGUGGCUUAAAGGAGAUGUAUGUGCCAUCAAGUGUCAUGGCAGUCAAUGAAAGCAUGGUGCCAUUCAAGGGGAGAUAAUAAAACAAUACAUGCCCAUGAAGUCUGUCAAACACGGGUACAAAGUGUGGUGUUUGGCUGACUCUAAAACUGGCUUUGUGUCUAACUUUGAUAUGUAUCAUGGAAAAAAAGACAUAGGCAAUAACUCACCUCUAUCCCUCGGACAGAGUGUGGUGGUAGGGCUCUGUCAGCCAUGGUUCGGUACUCAGAGGCUCAUAGCCUUUGAUAAUUUUUUUACAUCCUAUAAAUUAAUGAGUAUGCUGGAGGCAAGGGAACUGUAUGCUGUCGGCACAGUGAGAGUAAUUCAUGCUGAGGAGGAAGGAUAGUUUACAGCACGGAGGAUAUAUACGUUAUAUGAAACGAUGUAUGUGAGCUAUAAAGUAGCAGGACAGUAAACCGGUGGCAGUUUUGUCAAUGCUUCACAGUCCACUGGAAACAACUGAAGUCAACAGAACAAAGACGGUUCCUCUAAAAUCCGUUGCCCAAGAGCAGUUGCCACAUACAACAGCAUUAUGGGAGGAGUGUACCACUUUGAUCAGAUGCAUAAAAGGUAUGCGAUAAGAAGGCAUUCUCUAAAAUGGUGGCAUUGAUUGCUGUUUUUUCUUAUUGACCUUGCUAGAAUGCCAUUGUAAACAGCUUUGUAAUGUGGAACAUUUUCCAUUGAGGAAAAUGCGAUCAACUAUCCUUAAGUUUGGCUCUCAGUAGGCAGUUUUCUAGGUGUCCAAAAAGACAAAAGAGGAAGACCCUCAUUUUGGGUACUGUACAAGCCAGAAAAAACUGGGAUGCCAGAUGAGAUGGCUCAAAAAGGAUGGGAGGCAUUUUCUAUUGGAUACAUCUAGCAGGGGUUGUGGACAAUGCAGCACUAUAAAGAAGCAUAGAACAAAACUUAUGUAUGGGCAUUGCCAGGUGCCUUUAUGCAUUAUGCCAUAAAGUUAUGAAGUUUCAUGAAUAAUUUAAAAAAGGACACAAGAAUAACGUGUAGACAUUGCCAGGUGCAUCCAUAUUUUUCCUCAUUUUACGAAUUGUCAAUUAAAUUUUUUUAAUUCAAAAAGUUUUAUUCUUAACUCACAUCACAGAUAUUUCCUACUGCCAGGCCCCAUUGGUAAUAAUGUGAUGCCUGGAAUUAUAUCUCAAAAUCUGUAACUCAUAUAAAAAAUUCUGAAUUGGUCUUUGAAUCAGCAUGCCUUCCAUCAGUGAAAACAUAUAGCACCAAAAUUAAAAAAAAAAUUAACAUUUGGUAAUGAAAGGGAUAAACAAAAUGUGGUGGGUAUAUACAAUGGAAUAGUAUCAGCCAUAAAGAGAUUUUAAGUCCUGAUGUAUGCUACAACAUGGAUAAACUUUGGAAACAUUAUUCUAAGUGAAAUAAGUCAGUCACAAAAGGACAAAUAUUGUAUGAUCCCACUUAUAUAAUAUAGGCAAAAUGUAUAGAGACCAAAGCUUUUUAGUGGUC